AUGGAACAGCCCGAGGCUCAGCUUCCAACCCACGAUAACCCACCGUACAGCAGAUCGGCCCAACAGGAGCCCUCAUUCGCUGUUCAGUCAAGGCUGAGUCAAAUUGAACACCUCCAAAACAACUUAAGCAACGUCACUCUCGGCACCCCCCGCUCCUCUACCUCCUUCGCAGCCACAUCGAACCGCCGUGCCUCCACUCGAAACUCCUCACAGUCAUUUCGCCGUCAGAAUCCCGCGAUUCCGACCCAGAAAAUCUUCUUGAAAUCCUAUCUUACCCACCCUCUUGCCACCAAGACUCCCCCAUCCACUCUCGCUUGUCCCUUUUGCCGGGCCCCCUUCUACCUCCGCAAUAAAACGAACCAGGCAGUGCAAAUCCAGCGCUGCUCACAUUACGUGCAUUACGAGUGCCUCAUUGACCAUUUCCGCAGUCGCGAUAGCAGCGUCGGAUUGUGUCCUCAGUGUGGCGAUGUAGUGUGCACGCGCAGCCUUGCGGAGCGCCUCGAUACAGACCGAGAAGCAAUAUUUGGAGUCGGCGGAUUCAAAUCCUUGGACGGAGUCGUUGAGGUGUUCAUUCCACAUACUGCACAGAAUGGUGGAGUUGAGAUCGGAGAUACGAUACUUUGCGCCAGCGAGGAAGAAGUAGGCACAGUGCUUAUGCGGGUUCUUAAGUUUGAUGUAAGCCAAAGUUUGGCCGGCGAGCUACAGCGCUGGAGAAGCGAGGGGGGAGAAGUGAGCUGGGGGAACAUUACAACGAGUGCGUCGAGGAGGUUUCGAAGCCGCGGCUUUCCUUUGCUGGAGCUUCGUUUUGUGGUUGAUGAUGAUAUCUUCUUCAAUUUUCUGGUUUUUUCGGAGAUAUUGAGGGCGCUUUACAGCGAGCGCGCCGAGGCUGGUGCAGAUGUGGAAUGGGAGUUGGCGAAGAGGGAUUUGGAGAGGCUGAGAAGCCGAUUGAGAUUGGCGAAAGAGGUCUUCGACCGACAGAUAUGGGUAUGGGGGGAGCAGAAUGAUGUGCGGACUAGGGGCAGGUAUAUUGCUAAGGAUGCACAUAGCAUUGCCAUGAAGACCCUAGCAUCUGCAGGUAGAUAG